CACUGGCAGUAAAUUCGACGCACACAAAAACAAAGCAGCGCAAGGUGUAAUCCGUGAAAAUACUUUUGUGUGCUAUAGAUAAUGAUUAUUUGUGCCUAACAAAACCCGUGGAGACGAUCGGUUCGUUUCGGUUAUUUUUACUCCAAAUGUCUUGGAAUUUCUGAGAUUGUGUCCAUAAGAAAAUGGCCCGUGAGCCAUUCAGAAAUCAUACUAAAACCGAACUCCAACUGUGCCAACUUACAAUCAAAUAUACAACGAAAGCAAAAAAAUGUGCAAAUUCUAGUACUCAUGGAGGUGGAUGGAGUCCACCCUUGGUGAUCGGCUUUCUCCUGAUGUGCUUUGGCGUCUCAGAUUCUCUUCAGUACAAAAAUGUGCAUGGGCCCAUCUCCUCGUCGCUGGUGUCCACCUCGUCGUCUUCGUUGUCGUCGUCAUCCUCGAAUGCGUUCAUCAACACGCCGGCGACGCUGCUGUUCACCACAAGGCAUGAUAUACAGGUGGCAAACAUAACCCGGCCGACGGGUGGGCCGCAGAUCGAUGUGCUGGUGAGGGAUCUGGCCGAGGCCAUGGCCAUUGACUUUUACUAUGCGAAGAAUCUGGUCUGCUGGACGGAUUGCGGCCGGGAGGUGAUCGAGUGUGCGCAGACGAACUCCUCCACGCUGCUGCCGUUGUCGAAGGCGCCGAAGCAAACUGUGAUAUCGACGGGGUUGGACAAGCCCGAGGGCCUGGCCAUUGACUGGUAUACGGACAAGAUCUACUGGACUGAUGGCGAGAAGAAUCGCAUCGAGGUGGCCAGCCUGGAUGGCAAGCACCAGAAGGUACUCUUCUGGACGGAGCUGGAUCAGCCGCGAGCCGUGGCCGUGGUGCCCGGCAAGCGUCUGCUCAUCUGGACGGACUGGGGCGAGUAUCCGAAGAUCGAGCGGGCCAGCAUGGACGGUGAUCCCCUGUCGCGCAUGACCCUCGUCAAGGACAAUGUGUUCUGGCCCAACGGUCUGGCCGUGGACCUAAAGAGCGACCUCAUCUACUGGACGGACGGCAACAAUCGGUUCAUCGACGUGAUGAAGCUGGACGGCAGCAACCGGCGGACGAUAGUCAACAAUCUGAAGUAUCCCUUCAGCCUCACGUACUUCGACAACCGCCUGUACUGGACGGACUGGCAGCGGGGCUCCCUCAAUGCCCUCGAUCUGCAGACGCGCGAGCUGAAGGAGCUGAUCGACACGCCCAAGGCCCCGAAUUCGGUGCGUGCCUGGGACGCAUCGCUGCAGCCGUACGAGGACAAUCCCUGUGCCCACAACAAUGGCAACUGCUCGCACCUCUGCCUGCUGGCCACCAAUCCGCAGGGCUACAGCUGCGCCUGCCCCACGGGCGUCAAGCUGAUCAGCGGCAACAGCUGCGCCAAUGGCUCCCAGGAGAUGCUGUUCAUUGUGCAGCGGACGCAGAUCAGCAAGAUCUCGCUGGACUCGCCGGACUACACCAUCUUCCCGCUGCCCCUGGGCCGGGUGAAGUAUGCGAUUGCCAUCGACUACGAUCCCGUGGAGGAGCACAUCUACUGGUCCGAUGUGGAGGCCUACACGAUCAGGCGUGCCAAGGCCGAUGGCACGGCUGUCACCGACUUUGUCACCUCCGAGGUGCGCCAUCCCGAUGGCCUGGCCCUCGACUGGCUGGCCCGCAAUCUCUACUGGACGGACACGGUGACGGAUCGCAUUGAGGUGUGCCGCCUGGACGGCUCCGCUCGGAAGGUGCUCAUCUACGAGCAUUUGGAGGAGCCACGAGCCAUUGCCGUGGCCCCAUCGCUGGGCUGGAUGUUCUGGAGCGACUGGAACGAGCGCAAACCGAAGGUGGAGCGUGCCUCCCUCGACGGCUCCGAGCGUGUGGUGCUCGUGUCCGAGAAUCUCGGCUGGCCCAACGGCAUCGCCCUGGACAUUGUGGCCAAGACGAUCUACUGGUGCGACGGCAAGACCGACAAGAUCGAGGUGGCCAACAUGGAUGGCUCCGACCGGCGUGUGGUGAUCAGCGACAACCUCAAGCAUCUCUUUGGCCUGAGCAUCCUGGACGACUACCUCUACUGGACGGACUGGCAGCGGCGCUCCAUCGAUCGGGCGCACAAGAUCACGGGCAAUAAUCGGAUUGUCGUCGUGGAUCAGUAUCCCGAUCUGAUGGGCCUCAAGGUGACCCGUUUGAGGGAGGUGCGGGGCCAGAAUGCAUGCGCCGUGGGCAAUGGAGGCUGCUCCCAUCUCUGCCUGAACCGGCCCCGCGACUACGUCUGUCGCUGUGCCAUCGACUAUGAGCUGGCCAACGAUAAGCGAACGUGCGUGGUGCCGGCCGCCUUCCUGCUGUUCUCCCGCCAGGAGCACAUUGGCCGCAUCUCGAUAGAGUACAACGAGGGGAACCACAACGACGAGCGGAUACCCUUCAAGGAUGUGCGCGAUGCGCACGCCCUGGACGUGUCGGUGGCGGAGCGGCGCAUCUACUGGACGGAUCAGAAGAGCAAGUGCAUCUUCCGGGCCUUCCUCAAUGGCUCCUAUGUGCAGCGGAUCGUGGACUCGGGCCUGAUUGGGCCGGAGGGCAUUGCCGUCGACUGGCUGGGCAGCAACAUCUAUUGGUCCGAUGCGGAGGCCCGUCGCAUUGAGGUCGCCCGCCUCGAUGGCAGCAGUCGGCGCGUGCUCUUGUGGAAGGGUGUGGAGGAGCCGCGUUCGCUGGUCCUCGAGCCGCGACGCGGCUACAUGUACUGGACAGAGUCGCCCUCGGACUCCAUACGACGCGCCACCAUGGACGGAGCCGAGCUGCAGACGAUCAUAGCGGGUGCCAAUCAUGCGGCGGGACUGACAUUCGACCAGGAGACGAGGCGUCUCUACUGGGCCACACAGUCGCGGCCAGCGAAGAUCGAGAGCGCCGACUGGGAUGGCAAGAAGCGGCAGAUAUUGGUCGGCAGCAGCGACACCGACGAGCCGUAUGCGGUCUCCCUGUACCAGGAUUACGUCUACUGGAGCGACUGGAACACCGGCGACAUUGAGCGGGUGCACAAGACGACGGGCCAGAACCGCAGCCUCGUCCAUUCGGGCAUGACGUACAUCACCUCGCUGCUGGUAUUCAACGACAAGCGACAGGUGGGCGCGAAUGCGUGCAAGAUGAACAACGGCGGAUGCUCCCAUUUGUGCCUGGCCCAGCCCGGCAGACGUGGCAUGACCUGUGCCUGUCCCACCCACUACCAACUGGCCAAGGACGGUGUCUCCUGCAUUCCGCCCAAGAACUACAUCAUCUUUAGCCAGCGGAACAGCUUCGGCCGACUCCUGCCGAACACCACAGACUGCCCGAAUGUGCCGCUCCCAGUGUCCGGCAAGAAUAUUCGAGCAGUCGACUAUGACCCGAUCUCGCAUUACAUCUACUGGAUCGAAGGCAGAAGUCACAGCAUCAAGCGUUCGCUGGCAAAUGGCACAAAGGUGAGCCUCUUGGCCAACUCCGGGCAGCCUUUCGACAUUGCCAUCGACAUUAUUGGGCGGCUGCUCUUCUGGACAUGCUCCUACUCCAACAGCAUUAAUGUCACGAGCUUCCUGGGUGAAUCCGUGGGCGUCAUCGAUACUGGGGACUCGGAGAAGCCGCGCAACAUUGCCGUGCAUGCCAUGAAGCGUCUGCUCUUCUGGACAGAUGUCGGCAGCCAUCAGGCCAUCAUACGUGCCCGUGUCGAUGGCAACGAGCGCAUGGAGCUGGCAUACAAGCUGGAAGGAGUAACGGCCCUGGCCCUGGACCAACAGUCCGACAUGAUCUACUAUGCCCAUGGCAAGCGCAUCGAUAUGAUAGACAUCAACGGAAAGAACAAGAAAACCCUCGUCUCCAUGCACAUCUCGCAGGUUAUUAAUAUUGCCGCCUUGGGGGGAUUUGUGUACUGGCUGGACGACAAGACCGGCGUGGAGCGGAUCACUGUCAAUGGAGAGCGUCGUUCCGCGGAGUUGCAGCGACUGCCGCAGAUCACCGACAUCCGUGCCGUAUGGACACCGGAUGCCAAAGUGCUGCGCAAUCACACGUGUCUGCACAGUCGCACAAAGUGCUCCCACAUCUGCAUAGCCAGCGGGGAGGGUGUGGCACGCAGCACUCGCGACAUCUGCUCGUGCCCCAAGCAUCUGAUGCUGCUGGAGGACAAGGAGAACUGCGGCGCGUAUCCAGCUUGCGGGCCAGAUCACUUUACGUGCGCGGCCCCAGUGGCGGGUAAUAGUGACAUGAACAAGGACUGCAUACCCGCUUCGUGGCGCUGUGACGGCCAAAAGGAUUGCCCCGACAAGUCCGAUGAGGUCGGCUGUCCCACAUGCCGGGCGGAUCAGUUUAGCUGCCAGUCGGGCGAGUGCAUCGACAAGGCUCUCGUCUGCGAUGGCACCACCAACUGUGACAAUGGCCACGAUGAGGCCGACUGCUGCAAGCGGCCAGGAGAGUUUCAGUGUCCCAUCAACAAGCUGUGCAUUUCGGCCGCCCUGCUCUGCGACGGCUGGGAGAACUGUGCCGACGGUGCGGACGAGUCGCCCGAUAUUUGCCUGCAGCGGCGCAUGGCCCCCGCAUCGGAUAAGCGUGCCUUUAUGAUACUGAUUGGGGCCACCAUGAUAACCAUCUUCUCGAUUGUGUAUCUGCUGCAGUUUUGCCGCACGCGCAUCGGCAAGAGCCGCACAGAGCCAAAGGAUGACCAGGCCUCGGAUCCGUUGUCGCCUUCGACGCUCAGCAAGUCGCAGCGCGUGUCCAAGAUUGCCUCAGUGGCGGAUGCGGUGCGCAUGUCCACGCUCAACUCGCGGAACAGCAUGAACUCGUAUGACCGCAAUCACAUCACGGGCGCCUCCAGCUCCACCACGAAUGGCAGCAGCAUGGUGGCAUAUCCCAUCAAUCCGCCGCCCUCGCCGGCCACCCGAUCGCGGCGUCCCUACAGGCACUACAAGAUCAUCAAUCAGCCGCCACCGCCCACGCCCUGCUCCACAGACAUCUGCGACGAGUCCGACUCCAAUUACACGAGCAAAUCGAACAGUAAUAACAGCAACGGCGGAGCGACCAAGCACUCGUCUAGCUCGGCUGCCGCCUGCCUGCAGUAUGGCUACGACAGCGAGCCAUAUCCGCCGCCACCAACGCCGCGCUCGCACUACCACAGCGAUGUGCGCAUCGUGCCAGAGUCCUCCUGCCCGCCAUCGCCGUCGUCGAGGAGCUCCACAUACUUCUCACCACUGCCGCCACCGCCAUCGCCUGUACAGUCGCCCAGUCGAGGUUUUACGUAACGUUUUGAGAUUUACAUCUAAAUGAAUUUAGUUGGAGUUAUGGCUAUGGCGAUUGAGAAACAUUGAGACGAACGGAUGGAUGGAUGGGAAGCGUGUUUUAAUUUUUAAUUUAAUUUAAUUUUCACAAUUCUACUUUCUGUAACGUUUUUAUUUUUAUUUUAUGUUUUUUUUUUGUAAAUAUGUAUGUGUGUUUAUAAUUUGGUCAUUUAAGGCUUUAACUAUUUUUAAAGUUAGUUUAAAGAGCGCCGCCACCGCCCCAUGCCCCCAUACUUCAAUCGAGCUGCGGGCUGGGGCGGUGAAAAUGCCUGGAGGAGGACCUUCUCGAUCUCGUUAAGUUUCAUUUUGCCAGAUACCGAAAUAGAUUGCAGUACAAUGCAUCAUUAAGAUACGCGCCAACAAUAGACUGCAACACAUUUUUGUAAGCGAAAUGCAAUUAUUAGAAAUUAGCCAUAGAUUUUAAAUACGAUACGACACAUAUACGAUACAAUAUAUAUACGAUAAAAGUACAGUAUUUGAUAAGAAAACAAAUUUUAAAAUUCCGAGUGCCAAAUUUUCUGAAAAAAAAGAACAAACAAUGAAUGCCAGAAAUUUCCACAAAAGAUUUCGUCGUAUCUACAAAUAAUUUCAGCCGCUGAUCCGAAAGCAUUUAUGUACGUACCACUUGGAGACUUACUUUAAUAUGCAUUUCUGUUGGCAAGUGUAUGUAAAUAGUUGAUACUUUUGUGAGAGGAAGGAAGCAAUAUUGACGACAGCUGCUCAACUAUGAUGUAUGUAAUUCGAAAUGUCUUCUUAAUCGUUAUAAACACCAAAAAGUGCCUCAAUAAUGUGUGUGUUUUAUUAUUGUUUAUUCUACAUGUAUGCGUAUGUAUAUCCUAUAUGAUUUAUUCGUAGCUAAAACAAAUGAAUAGUUAGUUAUUCAUAUGACAUGUGUGUUUAUUUGUUUUUAAUCAAUACUUAAACAACAAUAAAUAUCAUAUUUAUAGGUAAUUUUAGUAAACGUUAAUUGUAACAAAAGAAUAUACAACAAAUCAUAUUUUUAAAUGUAAA